AUGCCGUCGCCUACCCAUCUUGCGAAUUUGGAAGACCUGCCUGCGUCACAAGACUUUGGUCAGGAUACUCGCCGGCCUUCCUAUUCUCCAGUGACACCCACCCUUCAAGAUGGGCCCUCGCUUGCUGAUUUCCCAAAAAGGAAACAGCCGGAUUUUGUGGAUGAGCCAGACCCGAUCCCCAUUAGCCUCGAUGAGAAUUCUGACGCUAUUGCCCUGAAAGCCGCUCUCUCUAUCCUGCUGUUACAAAAGCAACAAAGCCAGAGGGAUAUUAAACAGCUUGAAAAAAUGAAGGCCGGAGCCAACAGUGAGCCUGAAGCCUUCAUUGACGCUCUCAAAAUGGGGAAACUAAGCAAAGCGCCGCCGCAGGCGCUUGUCGACAUUGAAGUUGAUGGUGAUGGUAGUGAUGACGCAGAAAAAGCAGAUCAAACGACGACUGAGUCAGACAAGCCAGAUCAUGAUUUCGGGCAAUUUCCAAACCCACAGAAUGUCAUUCGAUGUCCGCCCAUCAAUUGGGCAAAAUAUCAUGUCGUUGGUGAGCCCCUAGAUAGACUUCAUGAAGAGCAAAGGCAACGGCCUGAGCCUGGGCAUCCACGGAGAGAUGAGUAUGGCAGACCGCCAGAGCAUGUCAUCGCCGCGCCCUACCGGCCUUUCGUUGAUAGCCCCGAGCUCACACAUGGCAGCACACGGAGAGAAGGAGGGGAGUAA